UUGCCGUAGGUUUUGCGGGAGGCUGACAGCGCUGCAGCCGCACAGAGUGCGACACUCUCAGACACAGUCUCACUGACUUUGGAUAUUUUCUGCGGGGGGGAAUUUGAGGAGAAGCCCGGAGACAGAAAUAAAGGAGAAAAAGAGGAAACAGAGAUUUAAGUCGGUUUGUCUAACGGCGGAAUGGCGGACCGGGACCCGGUGCCGCUUCCUGCGGAGGUGCGGGCCAAACUGGCCGAGCUGGAGCUGGAGUUAUCCGAGGGUGAUAUCACACAGAAGGGCUAUGAGAAGAAGCGAUCCAAGCUGAUUGGAGCCUUUUUCCCACAAGCGCCAGGAAUGGAUCCGCCAAUGGGCCAGGAGAGGAGAACCCCGGUCACCCCAUCCUCGUCCUCCCGCUACCACCGCCGGCGGUCUUCUGGCUCCAGAGACGAACGUUACCGAUCAGAUGUGCACACAGAGGCAGUGCAGGCAGCUCUGGCCAAGCACAAAGAGAGGAAGAUGGCGGUACCGAUGCCUUCAAAGCGGCGGUCGCUGGUGGUCCAGACCUCAAUGGAUGCCUACACACCACCAGAUACCUCCUCAGGCUCAGAGGGCGAGGGACAGGGUGAUGGUGAGGAAGAGGAGGGAGGAGAUGGCGAAGAAGAGGACGGAGGAGGUGGCGGGGGAACCUCGUCGAGCCGGGAGGGGAGCAUCAGCAUGGAGCACUGGAUAAGCCGGGCCAUCCACGGCACCUCCUCCACCACCACUACCACCUCCUCCACGGCCUCCUCCUCCUCUUCCUCCACACGCAGCGGGGGGAGCGGGGCAGCCGGCGGCAGGCUGGCUGACGUCCUGGCCCAACACAUCCACAUCUCUGCCCACCACCACCUCCGCCACCACCACCAUCACCACCACCACCACAAGACAGGCCUUUUAAGCCACCUCUCCUUGAGGAGGAGGAGGAGGGCAGUGCCAGCUGCUAUGGUAGAGAAUGGAAACUCUGGGCCGCGACGCUCCGAGAACCACUCUGCCCCUCCAGAUGUCACCGGCUACACCAACAACACCGCCAACACCACCGCCGACGGGAUCCAGGUGGAGAGAGCCCCAGGCGCCGGCACCGCCGCCCAGAGACAGACGCCCAAGUACGGCAACGCCGAGCUGAUGGAGACCGGAGACGGUGUUCCAGUCAGCAGCCGAGUUUCAGCCAAAAUUCAGCAACUCGUCAACACUCUGAAGAGACCCAAACGGCCGCCACUAAGAGAGUUUUUUGUCGACGACUUCGAGGAGCUCCUGGAAGUCCAGCAACCAGACCCCAACCAGCCCAAGGCGGAGGGGGCCCAAAUGGUGGCCAUGCGGGGCGAGCAGCUGGGCGUCGUAACCAACUGGCCCCCGUCUCUGGAGGCGGCCCUGCAGAGGUGGGGCACCAUCUCUCCGAAGGCCCCCUGCCUCACCACUAUGGACACCAACGGCAAGCCGCUCUACGUGCUCACCUACGGAAAACUGUGGUCCAGGAGUGUGAAGGUGGCCUACAACCUGCUGCACAAACUGGGAACCAAACAGGAACCUCUCGUCAAACCUGGAGACAGGGUGGCGCUGGUCUUCCCAAACAACGACCCUGCUGCCUUCAUGACGGCUUUUUACGGCUGCCUGCUGGCUGAAGUCGUCCCCGUGCCAAUAGAAGUACCACUGACCAGGAAGGAUGCUGGCAGUCAGCAGAUCGGGUUUCUGUUGGGGAGCUGUGGAGUGACGGUGGCUCUGACCAGCGAUGCCUGCCAUAAAGGGUUACCCAAGAGUCCCACUGGAGAGAUCCCACAGUUCAAAGGCUGGCCCAAGUUGCUGUGGUUCGUCACAGAGUCCAAACACCUCUCCAAACCUCCCAGAGACUGGUUCCCACAUAUCAAGGACGCCAACCAGGACACUGCCUACAUAGAGUAUAAGACCUGUAAGGACGGCAGCGUGCUCGGUGUGACGGUGAUGAGGAUAGCCAUGCUCACACACUGCCAGGCCCUCACGCAGUCCUGCUCUUACACAGAAGCUGAGACCAUAGUGAAUGUAUUAGACUUCAAGAAGGAUGUAGGACUGUGGCACGCUGUCCUGACUAGUGUAAUGAAUAUGAUGCAUGUCAUCAGUAUUCCCUACGCCCUCAUGAAGGUCAACCCUCUGUCCUGGAUCCAAAAAGUCUGCCAGUACAAAGCUAAGGUGGCCUGUGUGAAGUCGCGGGACAUGCACUGGGCUCUGGUGGCCCACCGGGACCAGCGAGACAUCAACCUGAGCUCCCUGCGCAUGCUGGUGGUGGCUGAUGGUUCAAAUCCCUGGUCAAUCUCAUCCUGUGACGCCUUCCUCAACGUUUUCCAGUCUAAAGGUUUGAAGCAGGAGGUCAUAUGUCCCUGUGCCAGCUCCCCGGAGGCUCUGACUGUAGCUAUAAGGAGGCCUGUGGAGGAGGGCAGCACCCCUCCUGGUCGCGGCGUGUUGUCCAUGCAAGGUCUGAGUCACGGCGUGAUUCGGGUCGACUCGGAGGAGAAGCUGUCGGUCCUUACACUGCAGGACGUCGGCUCCGUCAUGCCCGGAGCUAUGAUGUGUGCGGUGAAACCAGAAGGUGUCCCUCAGCUCUGUAAAACUGAUGAGAUUGGAGAGCUGUGCGUUUGCACUGCUGCCACGGGAACCUCCUACUAUGGUCUGGCCGGCAUGACCAAGAACACCUUUGAGGUCUUCCCCACGUCCAACAACGGGGCUCCCAUCAGCGAGUUUCCCUUCACCAGGACCGGCCUGCUGGGAUUCAUCGGACCUGCAGGUCUGAUCUUCGUGGCAGGGAAGAUGGACGGCCUGAUGGUGGUCGGGGGCCGUCGGCACAACGCUGACGACAUCGUGGCGACGGCGCUCGCUGUGGAGCCCAUGAAGUUUGUGUACAGGGGCAGGAUAGCAGUGUUCUCCAUCACCGUGCUUCAUGACGAGAGGAUCGUGGUCGUGGCAGAGCAGCGGCCCGACUCCACCGAGGAAGACAGCUUCCAGUGGAUGAGCCGAGUUCUGCAGGCGAUAGACGGUAUCCACCAGGUGGGGGUGUACUGCCUGGCUCUGGUGCCCUCCAACACUCUGCCCAAGACUCCUCUGGGUGGCAUCCACCUGUCAGAGACCAAGCAGCUGUUCCUGGAGGGGGCGCUGCACCCCUGCAAUGUGCUCAUGUGUCCGCACACCUGCGUCACCAACCUGCCCAAACCCCGGCAGAAGCAGCCAGAGAUCGGCCCCGCGUCUGUGAUGGUCGGGAAUCUGGUGUCGGGGAAGAGGAUCGCUCAGGCCAGCGGCAGGGAUCUGGGUCAGAUCGAAGACAAUGACCAGUACGAUAGCCAGCUCUCUGACUUGUGUUCAGCUGCAUAAGAGGGCGGAGAAGAUCGCCGGCAUGCUGGCCGAACGGGGCCACCUACAGGACGGAGACCACGUCGCGCUGGUCUACCCUCCAGGUAUCGACCUCAUCGUGGCGUUUUACGGCUGCCUUUACGCCGGCUGCGUACCGAUCACGGUGCGACCGCCUCACCCGCAGAACAUCGCCACCACGCUGCCCACCGUCAAGAUGAUCGUGGAGGUGAGCCGCUCGGUGUGCGUGAUGACCACGCAGCUCAUCUGUAAACUGCUGAGGUCGAAGGAAGCCUCGGCUGCCGUGGACGUCCGGACCUGGCCUCCCGUACUGGACACAGACGAUUUGCCAAAGAAGAAACCUCCUCUGCUCUAUAAACCGUCCAACCCCGACACCCUGGCCUACCUGGACUUCAGUGUCUCCACCACUGGCAUGCUGGCUGGAGUCAAGAUGUCACACACAGCCACCAGUGCCUUCUGCCGCUCCAUCAAGCUGCAGUGUGAGCUUUACCCGUCCAGAGAGGUCGCCAUCUGCCUGGACCCGUACUGCGGCCUGGGCUUCGUCCUCUGGUGCCUUUGCAGUGUGUACUCAGGUCACCAGUCCAUCCUGAUCCCUCCGUCCGAGCUGGAGGUGAACCCGGCGCUCUGGCUGUCGGCCGUCAGUCAGUACAAAGUCCGAGACACUUUCUGCUCCUACAGCGUCAUGGAGCUCUGCACCAAAGGCCUCGGCCUGCAGACCGACGCUCUGAAGUCUCGAGGGUUGGAUCUGUCUCGGGUGAGGACCUGUGUGGUUGUAGCGGAGGAGCGUCCCAGGACAUCCCUGACGCAGUCCUUCUCCAAGCUCUUCAAGGACCUGGGACUUCACCCUCGAGCCGUCAGCACCUCCUUCGGCUGCAGGGUCAACCUGGCAAUCUGCCUGCAGCCUCACAGGCUGGGAAAGCUUGCCGACCAGGGCACCUCAGGACCCGACCCCACGACUGUGUAUGUUGAUAUGAGAGCGCUACGGCACGACAGGGUCAGACUAGUGGAGAGGGGGUCACCACACAGUCUGCCACUGAUGGAGUCUGGGAAGAUCCUGCCGGGGGUCCGAAUCAUCAUCGCCAACCCAGAGACCAAGGGACCAAUGGGGGAGUCGCACCUGGGCGAGAUCUGGGUGCACAGCGGCCACAACGCCAGCGGUUACUUCACCGUCUACGGAGACGAGGCGCUGCAGUCGGACCACUUCAACUCCAGACUCAGCUUUGGAGACACGCAGACCGUCUGGGCCAGGACCGGAUACCUGGGCUUCCUCCGCAGGACCGAACUGACAGACGCCAGCGGAGAGCGCCAUGACGCCCUGUACGUGGUCGGCGCUCUGGAGGAAGCCAUGGAGCUGAGAGGGAUGCGUUACCACCCCAUCGACAUCGAGACCUCCGUCAUCAGGACGCACAAGAGCAUCACAGAGUGCGCGGUGUUCACGUGGACCAACCUGCUGGUGGUGGUGGUGGAGCUGGACGGCUCGGAGCAGGAGGCCCUGGACCUGGUCCCCCUGGUCACCAACGUGGUGCUGGAGGAGCACUACCUGAUCGUGGGCGUAGUGGUGGUGGUCGACAUCGGCGUCAUCCCCAUCAACUCCCGCGGCGAGAAGCAGCGCAUGCACCUGCGCGACGGCUUCCUGGCCGACCAGUUGGACCCAAUCUACGUGGCCUACAACAUGUAGCGCCCCCUAGCGGCCCACGUGGAGGUGGUUGAAGGAUUGUUUGGGAAGAUGCAAAGACGCUCUGCUCCUGAGACUGAAAAUAAAGAAAAAAACGGAGCCCGAGGCUGAGUUUGUGGCACGAGGGGAGAAGGCAGCUCUUGCUCCCAGGCUGCGUAAAGCCGCCGACUAGCUCCCAGAAUCAAACGGUUAUAUUUAGGCUAUUAGCAUUCAGGCCGAGGAGGCGAGGUUCGUACUCAGCCUGAGAGAAAGUGCAGUCUCCCCCAUCCAGAGCAACAAACUCCCCCAUUUGUGCCGAUAGUUUACCGAAAAGUUGCAAUCGUGCGGCCCGCAGACGGCGGUAGAGGACAAUCGUUUGGCGGUGGAGAUUCGGGCGUUUAGACUGCGUGUGGCUCACUCUAGUUUCCUGUUAAGUAUUUGCUGAAGUCGCUUGGUUUAGGUUUUUAGUUUUUUUGGUUCCAAAAAGUUUAGGCUAUUUUUUGAAAAGAAUAUUUACACAAAAACACAAACUGUGGCAAAAAUGAUAUUUACGUUUUUACGAUAUCAACCAUUACAAAGAGCGAGAUAUGUUUUGAUACGAGGGCGGGGUCCGAGGGGGCGAAUCGCAGCUGUUUUAGGUACUACUCGUUUGUUUCAUGUUAGCUUGUCGUUGGUUUUAUUUUUGUAAGCGUAAGUGUUACUUUUUUUUUUUAAUUCAGCAUUAUUCUCCGAAGCGUCCGUCCCAUCUCAGCGGGAAACCAGCGUGCUAACCUUCAUAAACUAACAGCUGCAGCCUUUAACUCCGUUUAUUAUUCCGUACCAACACGCUUCGACUGAAGCAAAACAAUACAUCAAUUCAUAUCAUGUAAGUAUGUACAAAAAGAAACUGAUUUAAUUUAUUUUGUUUCUCUUUUAGAAGUAUAUGACGAGACGUUCAAGAAUGUUUUGCUCUUGAAUAUUUGCUAAUAUAAAAAAACAAAGCAGCGUUGUAUUAUCUGGAGUGAAACACAUCAAGCAUAUUAUGGAAAAUAGAAAUAUAUGAUUAUAGAUUAUAUUAAAAGAUGAGUCGAGGAUUCGCACCAGGCAGAAGCAGUUUGACACGCGAUGCUUUUUAUCUGCACGUUGGUCUGAAAUGUUUCAGGCAGUUUGUCGGAGUUGAUUCCAGCGUCCACAUGAAGAGUUCUGAUCCAAAACAUCCACUUUUAUUAAAGUCUGGAAAGGUUUUCAUUUUCCAUUAGGAAAGAUAAGUUGUUAUUUAACAUUAGUCAUUUGUUCCCUUAACUUACAAAUCACUGCCUUAAAUUUCUAAUUGAUGCAGUCAAUAUUUCUGAGUGAUGUAUGUAAAAUUGCAUCAUUUUCCCCCUUUGGUUAUUCAGAAAUCUGACAAAGGACCUUGAUUCUAAAUAAUUUUAACGUGUUUUCAAUGAAACAAUCUUUCUUCCUGUGUGAAAUCUACAGUUUCUACACUUUUAAGUCAUGUCAAAGAUAAUGUGAGGGUCCUUGUUCAAUAUAACCUAUUUUCAUUAAUCAAGUGGAGAAAAAAAUCAGUUUUUGGUGAAUAACACCGACUUUAAUAUGCAGUGUUUUUUAGUGGGCUGACGGUCAAACACAAAGACAAAACUGAGCUCUGGAUACGCUUAAUGUAUACAGAUUUUCAAUGAGGGACACCUUUUCUAUCACUGAGUAAACUAACUGACAUACAUGUAUAUUUCAUAUUAUAUUAAAACUGUUUAAUGAACCCAAACAGUGAACUCAGUAACUGCAGGAAGUUUGUGUAAAACGAGUUAUUUGGACGAACUUUAUUACCCGUUUACAGAACGUUUUAUACAAUUCUGUCUGUAUUAUGUAUUUUAUUAUCAUUUUCUUCUUUUCCUUGACCAUUGUCCUGUGAAGAAAGGUAAAGUAAAUUGUCUAAUAGAAGUGAACCAAAUGCUGACAUAUCAGCCUACUGUAUGUAUUUUUUUUAAUUUUCUAGCACAUCUUAAAAUCAAGGUUAGAAAACUAAAUGAGAUUGUUUUUAAAGUUUGGAUUAUUAUUUAUGAUAUUAGGACACGGGAACGAUCUGAACACAAUCUACAUUCACAGAGUGUUCACUGUCUGAUAAACAGCCUCGUCCUUCAUUAGAAAAGUUAGAACAACCAAAGAGCUGAUAGAACAAUGAGAAGGAAACACAGAAUCUGUCCAAAAAGAAGCCCAAUAAGUAUGUAUGAUCAAAAAAAUUAUAAAAAUACAUAAUACAGAGAAUUUUAUAAAAGGUUCCCUAAAACUUGUUUGUGAAGCAAUAUUUACAGGAAAUAAUCAGCUCAAAAUGUAUCCAAACCUCCAGCAGGUAUUGUGUUCACUGUACAGUUUAUCUGUUGUUUCAUACCGUUAUUGUUAUAAACUGAAUAUAAUAUGAAAUAUCCAUGAAAUGUCACUUGGUCAGGGGUUGAUAGAAAAAGGUUGGGAACCGAGGCUGUAAGGGAACCGAGGCUGUAAGGGAACAUAAAGUCAUCCAGGAGCUGUGCUGACAUCUAGUGGCCACCAGCAGGAAUUAAAACAAACCUAUAACAACUGCAGUUUGGAUCAGAACUCUUCAUAAAUCACGUUUAUCAGGGAACAAACAGGUUUUCUGACGUUCAAAAUGUAAUAAUAGGAAUAGUUUUAGUUUCUCUCCCGACUGGAAUAAAACUCCUCAGUUCAAACAGACCAACAGCAGUUACUGGAUUACUUUCUUUGAACACCUCCGGCUGGGAAAAGGUGAAUCCUCACGGAGACCUCUGAGUGUCUCCCGUACAGGCAGGAGGGCGAGCUGUUACUAUUGUAAAUAUCAGAGUCAGAAGUCCUUCAUAUUUUUACACGGACCGACCAAUCAGGGCUCAAACAGUGAUGUCACGACAGGAAUAAAGACUGAACCAGGAAGCAGGAGGCGUUCUAACCAGAGACCCUUUAACUCGUUACAGAGCUGCGGAGAGGUCGAAGGUCGCAGGGAUACAACGUUCAGUCUGUGAUUUGAGGUUGUUGGGCGAGAAUGUUCUAGUUUCAACACACGAAAAGAG